CUUGACUCAUUUUAACCUAAACGUAGUGUUACCGUACAACUCGUCUGACAUUUUUGGUUUGUUCUGUCCGUAGCCUGACUGACCUUUUUCUAUUCGUGGGGGUUUGGUCGUCGUUUUGCCGCCAUUUUUAGGUGCGUCUGGAGGUUACCUGAGAGCUACUUUCCGUCUCCAUGGACUCAGAAACCAAAUAUCCCAAACCCCUAACCGCAAGGCAUAAAUGCUUUGCGUGCUACAAGCAGUUUAAGAGAAAGGAACAUCUCGUUGAGCACAUGAAAAUCUCGUACCAUUCAGUUCAUCAGCCUAGAUGUGGGGUUUGUCAAAAGCACUGCAAAUCUUUUGAAUCAGUUCGAGAACAUCUUCGCGGCUCAUUACCAAAAGGAAAUUGUUCAAGGAUUUUCUUGGAAAAAGGCUGCAAUCUUUGCUUGAAAGUUUUUGAUAGCCCAGAUUCUCUAAGGGAGCAUAAGUCAGAAUGUUCCUUGUCUGCACCUCUUCCCCUUGAAAAAUUGGCAGCCUCUUGUCCAAAAUCCCAAGUCAACACUUCCCGGUCAGUUGUUGAAGAUCAAUCUUACAGAGGUAUUCAAGCAAUUGCUGUUGACUGUGAGAUGGUUGCUGGUGAUAUUGAUGAUAUUUGUGCUAGGGUAUGUCUUGUUGAUGAAGCUGAGAAUCUAAUCUUCCACACGUAUAUUAAACCACAAAAUCCUGUUACCAAUUAUAGGUAUGAAGUGACUGGGUUAACUGAAGAGCAUUUAGAGGAUGGCAUGUCACUUAGGGAAGUGCAAACAAAAAUUUUAGAAAUUUUGUAUAAUGGAGAGUCUGUUGCAAGACCAAAGUUGGAUGGUGGAAAAGCUAAGCUUCUUGUGGGUCAUAGCUUGGAACAUGAUCUGAAUUGCUUGCGAAUUAAGUAUCCUCGUGAUCUGCUGAGGGACACUGCAAAAUACCGCCCAUUGAUGAAAACAAAUCUUAUGAGCCACUCGCUCAAGUACCUAACCCAAACAUACUUGGGGCAAGUAUUCUUAUUGAUUGUCAUUUUCAAUUUUUUUUUUCU